ACAUCCACCAACCUGGCGUGGCAGGACUCUAGGUGAUCGAGCAGAGAGACUUGGUAGGAUGGAGACCUCAGUCGGCCGUGUCCAUCCCCAAGAUGGACUCUGAUUUAAGAACCAACCUGCCAGGAGAGGGAAAGAAGUUCCCCCGAUAGCCAGGAGAACUCAUGGAAGGACAUGAUGGCUUUGCAGUCACAAGUGCAUGACGUUCCUGUGCCACAGCCUGGGGCAGUGACCACAAGCCCAUGGAUCAUCUCUCUGCCCGAUGCCCUGUGCUAGAGGGUGACGGCUUCACCAUCAGCUGUCCUAAAGGAGCUCCAGGCUUUGGCUGCCUCAGAGCCUUUGCACGGCCCCCUGCCUCCCUCUUCUCAUUCAGAGGGGCCCGUUGGCACUUAUUAGGGACCAGCACCUCUGAGACAGCGGCUCAGAGGCCAGCUCUAAGCCAUUCAGCUUCAGACAAAGGCAUAGGUGGGACCUUAAAUAUAGGGCAUCGUUCAUGGGGAGGCUGCUGCCAGUGGCUGGGGUAGGCCCAACAAUGGGCUGGGUCACCUGAAUAAAGGAGACAACUGAAAUCCACUUCCUCCUUCCCUUUCUCGGAGUUAAUCAGCACCCUGGGAAGGAGCAGCUGCUGCUGACCAGCUCUGACUGCGGCUGCUUCCUGAUCCAGGUCCCCCAGGCCAUGGAUGUGCCCCAAGCAGCCAAGGGACAGUGUCCCUGGCGUCCGUGCCUCACAGGGCUGCUGCUGCAGCUGCUGUUUGCCCUGUGUUUCUUCUCCUACAUGCGAGUGUCCCAGGACCAACCCGGCCCCCCAGCUCCCGAAGGCCCCACAGGACCAGCCUCCGCCCCAAUUCCCCCUGCCCCCAGGCCCUUCCUCAUCUUACUGUGGACAUGGCCCUUCCACAGCCCGCUGACUCUGUCCCCCUGUUCCACGAUGCUCCCAGGCACGGCCGACUGCCUGAUGACCGUCAACCGGAGCUUGUACCCCCAAGCAGACGCGGUCAUCUUCCACCACCGAGAAAUCAGCCCCAACCCCAGGUCGAGGCUGCCAGCUGAGCCGAGACCACCAAGCCAGCGCUGGGUGUGGUUCAGCCUGGAGUCGCCCAGCCACUGCAGCAGGCUGUCGGCCCUGGAUGGCUACUUCAACCUCACCAUGUCCUAUCGCAGUGACUCUGACAUCUUCACCCCCUAUGGCUGGCUGGAGCCGUGGCCGGAGCCUCCAGUGCAAACCCAGGUCAACAUGUCUGCCAAGACUGACCUGGUGGCCUGGGCCGUGUCCAACUGGAACCCCAAGUCGGCUCGGGUGCUAUACUAUCAGAAGCUCCGCAAUCACCUCCACGUGGACGUGUAUGGCCGGGGACACAUGUCGCUUUCCCGGGGGGACAUGAUGGAGACGCUGGCCAGAUACAAGUUUUACCUGGCGUUUGAGAACUCGCUCCACCCAGAUUACAUCACAGAGAAGCUGUGGAAGAAUGCUCUGGGCGCCUGGGCUGUGCCCGUGGUCCUGGGGCCCAGCAGGAAGAACUAUGAACGCUUCUUGCCCCCUGAUGCCUUCAUCCACGUGGACGACUUUGAGAGCCCUGCGCGCCUGGCUCAGUACCUGCAGCAGCUAGACAAGGACAGCCAGAGCUACCAGCGCUACUUCCGCUGGAGGGAGACGCUCAGGCCUCGCUUGUCCAGCAUGGCCCUUGCCUUCUGCAAGGCAUGCAGGCAGCUGCAGUGGGACCAGAGGUACCAGACGGUCCACAGUGUGGCCUCUUGGUUCCACUGAGGUGGCUGGCCAAGGGCCUGCAGACAGGGCGCCACCCAAAAGCCAUCCUCUGCAGCCCCUGUGUGACAGACACUCCCUUGAUGGGCAUCUCAGCCGUCCAGAGCCUUGGUUCUGGGGUCUUCCUCUUUGCCCACUGGGGAUGUGAGUACCCGGAAGCCUGAGCCACAUCGACAGACCCUGCUGCAGACACACUCGACUUCCCAGAGCCCUGCCCUCUGGUGGGUGGCGGGUCUGCCUCAGUUGCUCCUGGUGCCUAUGACCCCAGCAACCCCUGUGGUAUUUGCAGGCGUGGGUAGUGUCGAGGUGAUCCAGAUGAGGCCUUCUUCUGUGAGUGUCACUCAGGGUGACCACGAGUGCGUCCUUCCCCUGGGGAUGCUUGAGCACAAAGCGUUGAGUGGGGGUGACCGGGAGCCUCAGCCUCGUGGGUGGCCCCGUGCGUCUCCCCAGCCUGGGUGCAGAGCUGAGGCUGUGGGAGACGCUCUGUUUACGUUUCCAUCUCCUGGUAGGCUCCACCCCUCUCUGCGGCUGGCAUGUUGGAAGUAGGCAGAAGACAGGAGGCCAAUGUCCCCGCAGGCCUGGGUGGGCCUGGGGACACACACCUGCCUGGGCUAGGGAGCCUCAGAGAGGACAGUUUUGGAUUCCCAGGCCAACUCUGAGGCUCUGUGAUCUGACCACAUUGGGGAAACUGAGGCCAGGAGCAUUCACUAAGGGGUUUCCACAGCAUGUGGGGGUUCUGGCCUCUCGGUCACCACUGGGGAGUGGAAAAUCCAUUUCCUUCCUCCUCGUGUCUCAAGGAACUGGGGGUCUGGACAGAGCUCGGGGCAGGGAUGUGGCCCCAAUCCCUCACCCACAGGGAACACCCAGAGGCUGGGGCAGCAGCAUGUCCUACGGGGCACCAGGGAGGUCUUCCUGAGUUGUUGUGGGUGAAGAGGGGAAUGCCCUUGGGAGCCCCCACUCUGGGGCACUGGGGCAGAGGUACAUCUGUCUUCAGCCCCCUGGUCACUGAGAAAGCUGGGCAGGGGAAGACACCUGUGAGCCUCGAAGCCGGAUGUCUGCAGAUGUCAGGCUCACGGCAAGCUGGGGUCAAAGCACCCUCACACUUCGUGGGCCCCAGACCUCAGCUCUGGGAACCCAAUACUGCCUGGCACCUACAGGCGUCAAGGUGCACCAAGGCAUCGUCACCCACACCCCAGCCCAUGGUGCAUUCCACCCCAUCCUUCCACCCCCAGUCACAGCUUAGCGUUACCGGACCCAGGUCCUUGGCGACCCAGCUGUGCCUGGUAGGUGACAGCUUGGGCUGGAUGGUGCUGGGAUCCGCCCCAGACCUGCCCCUCCCCAUAGGUGGGCAGCGAGUUAUUUUUAGCCUGUGGAAGGAGACAGACAGGACCCCAGGGAGCCAGUCUGGUGUGGAGUUCGGGAUCCACUCAGAUGUGAGCAGCAUAACGGUUCUGGCCUCCACCCACGUGACCCGACCCGUAUCUGUCACAAGUGGCCCUGGUGGGCAGAGGUGAGGACCGCACAGCGGUCCCUUCCACAUUUUUGUUGGAGUUUGAUUUGAAACAGUCUCGGGUGCGCCUAGAACUCAGGACGUUGCCGCAGUCGGCCAGGAACAUCUGAUAUUCACGCCUCCUGCAUGCUCGGGCGACAAGCCUGUGCCACUCCACCCAGGUGUGACUGCCCCGAGCCUCAGCCUUUCCUCUGCCCAUGUGGUCCCUUGCCUGUGUGACCCGCUCCUGCGCACGUGUCAACCCUACCGGGGCAGAGGCCAGUGGGGUUGCCUCCAGAACAGGGGCUCUGGCUGCACCUGGCACUCUCUCCUCCUGGGAGGCGCCACGCCCCCCACGCCAGGCCCGGAUCCUGUGGUCCUCAGGUCCCCAGUGCCUCCUGCCCCGUGGCAGCUUUUCACGUGGGCCUGAAGAUCCAAGUCAGGUCUUCGUGCUCGCAAAGCAGACGCAGCACGCACUGACCCAUCGCCCCAGCCCCUGCUCCCCCAUCGGCUUCCCCUUUUCUCCUAGGACACUAGGAACCUCUCUCUCCCGCCAUCGGCCCACUCCCCAAUCACGGCUGGGGCUCGAGGGCGAGGCCCGCACGCACGCAGGCGCAGACGGGUCUGUCUGUGGCGCUGUUUGGCACGCCCGGGACGGGCACCCACCCUGGUGGCUCGCGCGUGCGCCUACUCCCCGCGCGUGUGCCGCCUGCUGGAGCUGACGCCCGCCCGUGGACACACUGCCAGCCCGAGGAGACGUUCUCGAAUAUCUGCCCGCAUCUCUCGGCCCUGCAGAAGGAGCGAGGGAGACGGAGGAUUCAGGGGUGAGGGAAUCCCCAGACGGCACCCUGCCCCCACCCCGCUGCAGUGGGUCAGCCUAGACCCCCGCCCCCGUUGGCUCUUCUCCCUCCCCCAAUCUUCACGUCGACCUCCCUGCAUCGGGACCCCAGUAUGGCUGCUGCUACCCCUCCCGUCUCCAGCUCCCGUCUACUCGGGCUUAGGGUGUCUUCUCCAGGAGGGGGUGUCUCUUUCCCUUUCUAGAAAUAAAGUGGCUCAGGAGCACA